AAGAAAGCAAGUAAAACACAAACUUAAGAAGACUUGCAAUUAUUGUAGGCUCCAUUUUAUCAGCACCCACCUUCUUGGAUUCACAUGCAUCACUCAUUUAUGACCCCCCCAUUUCCACAACUAAGCGCAUUCAUUUGGAAAAUGAAAAGGUUAUAGAGAAAUUGCUUUGAAACCACCUUUACUCUUCCCUUGAAAUUUGAUCUGUUUCUAGUUUCUAGUUUCUUUCGGACAUAUUGAGCGAUCAAUUUUCUGAUUUUCAACACUACAUCCACAUUUUUUUUCUCGCACGUAGUCAUGCCGUCAUUACCUUCAACUUCUUCGUCCAAUUCUAGAAAGAAAUAUGAUGUUUUCUUGAGUUUUAGAGGUGAAGAUACUCGCAACAACUUUACCGAUCAUCUCUAUGAUGCUUUAAGUAGGAGUGGGAUCGUCACUUUUAGGGAUGAUCCAAAGCUGGAGGCCGGCGAAGAGAUCGCGCCAGAACUCUUUACAGCAAUUCAACAAUCAUGGUGUUCGGUAAUCGUUUUUUCACAAACUUAUGCCUUUUCAAGUUGGUGCUUGGAGGAGCUUGCUGAGAUUGUUAAACAACAUAACAACGACGGCCAUAAAGUGUUUCCAAUUUUUUACGAUGUUGAUCCAUCUGAUUUAAGAAAACAAAAAGAGAAAGUGGAAGAAGCCUUUGCUAGACAUGAAGAGAGAUACAAAGAAGAUAGUGAGAAGAUCCAAAGGUGGCGAAAUGCUUUAAUUCAAGUGGCUGGAAUCAAGGGAUGGCAUUUAAAUAACAGGUAACAAUUUCUUUUCUUCUCUAUUUUCUAUUUUUUCGGAUAUAUAUGUAUAACUUUUUUUUUUCUUUCCAAUCCUAUGUGUUUAAUUGAAAAGUGUCUUGGUUCUUGUUUGCUUCCAAACUAUAUUAUGUUUCAUGAUUCAUUGAAAAAGAAAGUGCAUUUGAAAAUAUGAAAAAGGAAUUAUUCAAAAAAUUAAAAUUUCUUUUCUUGUAGGCAUGAAUCAGAAUUUAUUAGAGAGAUUAUUAAGAAGA